GACCUGAACGACCGGCACGAGCUGUCCGCGGCGCGGGACGAGAGGGUGUGCGGCCACGUGGAGGACGACGGGACGUGGCUGCGGGUCCACAGAGCCGGCAAGGUGCUUUUCCUGCCGAUCAGCCUGGGGGGCACCAGCGUGCUGGUGCCGGCUGUCGUCGACGAGCGUGACGGCGUCUCCAAGAAGUCGCCCCAGGCGCCGCACCAGCAGGAUCACGACGCCGCGCCGCCCUCGUCGCCCGGGAGCUUCGUGGGGUGCAACUGGUGCAACCGCCUGGCGGGGGUGGGGGUGGUUAGGGAGAAGGACUGA